AUGUGCUCGGCGGGGAGGCGCUGGGGCCGGCGGCAGCGAGUCCUGCUCUGGGGCGUCCUGCUGGCGGCCUGGGAGGCGGCGUGGGGGCAGCUGCACUACUCGGUGCCCGAGGAGAUGCCCAAGGGCUCGUUCGUGGGCGAUGUGGCCAAAGACUUGGGGCUGCAGCUGCCGGCGCUCAGCGAUCGGGGCGUUCGGCUCUUCGAUAAAGGUAGGACGCAGUAUUUUGCUCUGCAUGGGAAGACGGGACAUUUAGUGACGACCGAGAGGAUCGACAGAGAGCAGCUGUGCCGGCUGGUGGAGAAAUGCGUGCUGCGCUGUGAGCUGAUAGUGGAGGGAGAAAUGAAGGUUUACGGAAUCGAAGUAGAAGUCAAGGAUAUUAAUGACAAUGCACCCAGCUUCGGAGAAGCAGAAACUGAACUCCGAAUGAGCGAGACAACAGCCCCGGGGUCCCGGUUUCCACUUGCUAGAGCUCACGACCCCGACUCGGGACAGAAUUCCCUGCAGAGCUACGAGCUGAGCGGCGACGAGCACUUCUCGCUGGCCGUGCAGACGGGCCCCGGCGGGGAUCAGCGUCCCGAGCUGGUGCUGGCGAAGGCGCUGGACCGGGAGGAGGCGGCGUUCCACGAGCUGGUGUUGAGGGCGAUGGACGGCGGCGAUCCGGCCCGGACGGGCACGGUGCGGAUCCGCGUGACGGUGCUGGACGCGAACGACAACGCGCCCGUGUUCAGCCAGGCGGAGUACACGGUGCGUGUGGCGGAGGACGUGCCCGUGGGCUCCAUCCUCGUCACCGUCUCGGCCACCGACCCCGAUGAGGGUAUGAACGGGCAAGUAAAAUAUUCGAUGAAGAAAGAGAAGAACAUGGCAUCGGAUAUAUUCCAUCUCGACGCUGAGACGGGAGCAAUCACGUUGUUGCGCAACCUGGACUUUGAGGAAGGCGACUUUUAUGAGCUGGAGGUGCAGGCACAUGAUGGUGGAGGGCUUUUCGACACGACAAAAGUUGCGAUCUCCGUGACAGACGUCAACGAUAACGCGCCAGAACUGAGAGUAUCGUCGGCGCUAAGUGAGAUUUCUGAGGACGCGCCGUCAGGAACGGUGGUGGCCCUACUGCACGUGCACGACCACGACUCGGGGGCCAACGGCGAGGUGCGCUGCUCUCUCGAAGAGAGUGUCCCGUUCCUCCUGGAGAAGUCCCUCGAGGGCUACUACCGAGUGGUGACAGCGAGAGAGCUGGACCGGGAGCAGCAGUCGGAGUACAACGUGACGGUGCGGGCGUCCGACGGCGGGUGGCCGGCGCUGCAGAGCAGCAGGGUGCUGGCGCUGCGGGUGCUGGACGUGAACGACAACGCGCCGGUGUUCUCGCAGGAGCGCUACAGCGCGCGUCUCCGGUGCAGCCCCCGGCUCAGCUCAAAGGCGGCUGCAGUGCUGCGGCGGCGCCUCCGGGUGUCGCUGUUGGCCGCCGCCGAGCGGCGCUGGAGCCGCAGCCGCCGCCGCCGCAGCGUCCUGCCCCCGCAGGCUGCUCGCUCGCCCGGCCAGUGGCGGCCAGAGCGGCAGCGGCACGGGCAGCAGAGGCGAGAGGCGGGCACCUUGCCCUACUCCUACAACCUGUGCGUGGCCGCGCCGGCCCGCGCCGCCGCCGAGGCCGCUUGGCCGCCGCCGCCGCUGCCCAUCCUGCCCGCCGAGGAGCUUCUGGCCGGGGAGCCCUGCGACAAGCCGAGCCCGAGCAGCAGCGCCGUCGCGGGAGAGCCGCCCACAGACCCCGACACACCAAAGUUUCCCGUGGGCGAGGCAGGGCGGGCAUCUCUCGACAGCGCUCGGUGCCUGCAGUGCCGGGAGGAGGCUGCGGGCGCCGCUGUUGACCGAGAGGAGCGAGAGGAAGGUCGGAGCGCUGCAGCCCCGCCCGCUGCGGACCGGCUCGAUUGCUGGAUAAACUGGAUCUCUGGCUCGGGUAGCGGUCGGUUUCCCAUCAUUCGGGCAGUGCGGAGCCGAGAUACAGGGAGGCAGAGAGUCCGGCGGCAGAGGCAGAAAGCGUGUUGCGGUGCCGGCGGUGCGGCGGCGGAGAUGUGCUCUGCGGGGAGGCGCUGGGGCCGGCGGCAGCGAGUCCUGCUCUGGGGCGUCUUGCUGGCGGCCUGGGAGGCGGCGUGGGGGCAGCUGCGCUACUCGGUGAACGAGGAGAUGCCCAAGGGCUCGUUCGUGGGCGACGUGGCCAAGGACCUGGGGCUGCAGAUUCCAGCGCUCAGCGAUCUGGGCGUCCAUGUUGUCUCUGAAGGCAAGACGCAGUAUUUCACUCUACACGGGAAGACGGGACAUUUAGUGACGGCCGAGAGGAUCGACAGAGAGCAGCUGUGCCGGCUGGUGGAGAAAUGCGUGCUGCGCUGUGAGCUGAUAGUGGAGGGGGAAAUGCAAGUAUAUGGUAUUGAAGUAGAAAUCAUGGAUAUUAAUGACAAUGCCCCGAGCUUCAAGGAAAUCGAACUGGAGCAGAGAAUAAGCGAAACGAUGGCUCCAGGGUCGCGCUUCCCUUUGGUCGAGGCUCACGACCCGGAUUCGGGACGGAAUUCCCUGCAGAGCUACGAGCUGAGCGGCGACGAGCACUUCUCGCUGGCCGUGCAGACGGGCCCCGCCGGGGAUCAGCGUCCCGAGCUGGUGCUGGCGAAGGCGCUGGACCGGGAGGAGGUGGCGUUCCACGAGCUGGUGCUGAGGGCGAUGGACGGCGGCGAUCCGUCCCGGACGGGCACGGCGCGGAUCCGCGUGACGGUGCUGGACGCGAACGACAACGCGCCCGUGUUCAGCCAGGCGGAGUACACGGUGCGUGUGCCAGAGGACGUGCCCGUGGGUUCUGUCCUCGUCACCGUCUCGGCCACCGACGCCGAUGAGGGUAUGAACGGGGAUGUAAAAUAUUUGAUAAAGAAAGCAACAGACCGGGCAUUGCAGACAUUCCAGCUGGAUGUUAAGAAGGGAGCAAUCAUGCUCGUGAGAAGCCUGGACUUCGAGGAAGACAGCUACUAUGAACUGGAAGUGCAGGCACACGAUGGUGGUGGUCUCUCCGACGCAGCGAAAAUUGGGAUCACGGUGACAGACAUUAACGACAACAUGCCCGAGAUUUCGCUGCGUUCUGCGCUGAGUGAGAUUUCAGAGGACGCUCCAUCAGGAACGGUGGUGGCCCUGCUGCACGUGCACGACCAAGACUCAGGGGCCAAUGGCGAGGUGCGCUGCUCGCUCGACGGGGAUGUCCCGUUCCAACUGGAGAAAUCCUAUGAGGACUACUACCGCAUGGUGACAGCGAGAGACCUGGACCGGGAGCAGCAGUCGGAGUACAACGUGACGGUGCGGGCGUCCGACGGCGGGUGGCCGGCGCUGCAGAGCAGCAGGGUGCUGGCGCUGCGGGUGCUGGACGUGAACGACAACGCGCCGGUGUUCUCGCAGGAGCGCUACAGCGCGCGUCUGCGGGAGAACAACGCGGCGGGCGCGCUGCAGCAGCAGCUGCUGGCCACGGCCGGCGCCGCCUUGCGCGGCGUGCCUGCCACGCACUUCGUGGGCAUCGACGGCGUCCGCGCCUUCCUGCACUCCUACUCGCACGACGUGUCUCUCACGGCCGACUCGCGCAAGAGCCACCUGCGCUUCUCGGCCGCCAGCUGCUGCGACACCCUCCCGGCCCGUCCACCGCCCGACGAGCCCGCGCCGCUGCUCGGUGACGAGGAUCUUGCUUGUCCCCAGAACGCGGACCCAACCCCUCCCCCGCUGAGCGAGCGGGCGGCGGGCGCCGAGGCGCCGGCCGAGCUGCAGUUCUACCUGGUGCUGGCGCUGGCGCUGCUGUCGGCGCUCUUCGUGCUCAGCGUGGCGCUGGCCGUGCUGGCGCGGCUGCGCCGGGCCGGGCCGCCCGCCGUGCUGCGCUGCCUGGGCGCGCAGCGCUUCUCACUGGCCGGCGCCGCCUUCCCGCCCGACUUCUGCGAGGGCACCUUGCCCUACUCCUACAACCUGUGCGUGGCCGCGCCGGCCCGCGCCGCCGCCGAGGCCGCUUGGCCGCCGCCGCCGCUGCCCAUCCUGCCCGCCGAGGAGCUUCUGGCCGGGGAGCCCUGCGAGAAGCCGAGCCCGAGCAGCAGCGCCGUCGCGGGAGAGCCGCCCACAGACCCCGACGCACCACAGGUCUGUAAGCCCCUUCACUCCUCUCUGAACUUUUCAGAAUGUGACAUCUGCUUGAGCGUCCUGUGGGCGAGGCAGGGCGGGCAUCUCUCGGCAGCGCUCGGUGCCUGCAGUGCCGGGAGGAGGCUGCGGGCGCCGCUGUUGACCGAGAGGAGCGAGAGGAAGGUCGGAGCGCUGCAGCCCCGCCCGCUGCGGACCGGCUGGAUCGCUGGAUUCCUGGUUCGGAUCGCGCUCGGUUUCCAAUCAUCCUUGCAGUGCGGAGCCGAGAUAUAG